AUGGACAACAGAACAGUCACUUUCAACAUGCUACAACUGGAGGGUGUUGACCUUGCUCCUCAAUUUGUUUACCCAGUGUUUUUCAUUCUGCUUGUUACUUACAUUAUCACCAUGAUCACCAAUACAGGACUUAUUAUUCUAAUUGCAGUGGAACGGAGUCUUCAUCAGCCCAUGUACCUCUUAUUUUGUAAUCUGUCUUUCAAUGAUAUUAUGGGAAACACUAACAUUCUACCUAGAAUGAUGAUGGACCUUUUCUCAACUGAAAAAUACAUUGGCUAUGUUGAGUGUGUCACUCAGGCUUUCUGUUCUCACACAUUUGCUGCAGCUGCACAUGUAAUACUAAUGAUCAUGGCUUUCGACAGAUAUGUGGCCAUAUGUAACCCUCUGAGAUAUUCCUCAAUCAUGACCACCAGCAUGGUGGUGAAGUUGUCAGCAUCUGCUUGGGCCUUUUCCUUCUUUAUGGUGUCAAUUCUGCUGGGACUCACCAUUCGACUGACUAGAUGCCGGUCGGUCAUUGUGAAUGCUUAUUGUGACAACGCAUCUCUGUUCAAGCUUUCAUGCCAGGAUGUGUCCAUCAACAACAUUUAUGGUCUUGCUUACACAGCAUUGAUUUCUGGUUUAUCAUUAGUUAUUACAAUCGGAACAUAUUUAAAGAUUUUCACCAUUUGUUUUGUCAAGAAAAGCAAAGAGCUGAACAACAAAGCAAUUCAGACUUGUUCUAGCCACUUAGUGCUCUACAUGAUCAUGCUGUGGUCGGUCUUUCUCAGCUUUAUUUUUCACCGCAUCCAAAUGUACUCAGGCUAUCGAAAAUUGAUGGCUAUUUUGUUUCAUGUCGUCCCAGCAAAUUUGAACCCUGUUAUUUAUGCACUGCAAACAAAAGAACUAAAAAGUAAGGUGAAGAAAAUACUUCAUUCAAGAGUACCUAACAAGUCUAGGUAA